AAAAUAAAAUUUUAUUCAAGAUCUAAACUUAUUGUAGAUGACUAGACCCUUUAAACGCAUAUAAAGCCAAAAUACGCUCCGCAGAAUGCAAUAAUACGUGAGACAAACGCUCCUAUGUAGAGAGUCGCAAAAAAGCUCUAAAGAAAAAGAAAGAAAUAUUAAGAGAGAGUGACAUGUAAAUCAGUGCAAUUCAUAUGUGACACGUGUCUAUUGGCCAGCUGUAUCCCAAACCCCUUUUCCCAACCGCUUAACUUGAACAGUCGGUGGCCAUAACGUUUCUCCUCACCGUUUCAACCGGUUACUUAGCUCUCCUCUCUUAUAUAACCCCCCUUCACUAUCUCGUUUUUCUUUUAAGCUCCAAAUAGAAACCAGGAAAAAAGAAAAAGCCAAAAACCCGAUAUUAUAUCCAAAAGAAACCAAAAUUUUAUUUGCAUGCUUUUAAAUUUGAUUUCAUGGCUGUAACAAGCACAUCAAACAGAAAAGAAAUGGAUCGGAUCAAAGGUCCAUGGAGCCCCGAAGAAGAUGAUUUGCUUCAAAAACUAGUCCAAAAAUAUGGACCUAGAAAUUGGUCUUUGAUCAGCAAAUCGAUCCCGGGUAGGUCCGGGAAGUCCUGUCGGCUCCGAUGGUGCAACCAACUGUCUCCGCAAGUUGAGCAUCGGGCCUUCACCCCCGAGGAAGACGAGACCAUCAUCAGAGCUCAUGCCCGAUUUGGUAACAAGUGGGCCACAAUAGCCCGACUCCUCAACGGUCGUACGGACAACGCCAUUAAAAACCACUGGAACUCAACGCUAAAACGCAAGUGCUUGUCGGUUGGGGAAGAGAGUAAUUUCAUUAUACAUGGUGGGUAUGACGGUAAUUUGGGAGGGGAAGGGGAGCAACAACCGUUGAAAAGAUCAGUUAGUGCUGGGCUUUACAUGAGCCCGGGGAGCCCAUCUGGGUCCGAUUUGAGCGAUUCCAGCGUCCCCGUUUUAUCAUCUUCACACGUGUACAAGCCCAUCCCGAGGACCGGCGGAGUCAGCGUUGACGUCAAUGUUAUGCCAUUACCUGGGGUCGAAGCGGCGGCGUCUUCUUCUAACGAUCCACCGACUUCACUGAGUUUGUCUUUACCUGGGGCUGAAUCGUAUGAGUUGUCAGUUUCAACCCUCCCAGUUACCGAGUCUACUCAGACGAGGAACGAAGCAAAAAAUGAUGGAAAGGGAGGCGAGGUGAUGGGGUUCAGUGCGGAGUUUAUGGCGGUGAUGCAAGAAAUGAUAAGAAUGGAGGUGAGAGAUUACAUGGUUCAGAUGCAACAGCAAAACGGUGGCGUUUCGAGAGGAGAGGGAAUGGGGAUGUGUUUGGAUGCGGGGUUUAGGAAUGUUUUGUCUAUGAGUCGAGUUGGGGUUAAUAAGAUUGACUAAACUCCAUAUUGUGAAAAAAAAAAAAAACUCAAAAAAGAAUGGUCUUUUAUUUUGUUUUGGUUUUCCCCCCUUAAUAAUUGUUAUUAAUGUACAGAGAAUGAGAAAGAGAUGGGUUUAAAGAGAAGUUGAGAAAGAAAGAAAAACGGACUUUUAAAAAUUAUAUGACAAAAAUCCCUUGAAUUUCAAUA